ACCAUGGAGGAACCAUCCCCAAACGAGUUUGAAGACGUGGUGGACUUCAUCAAAGUGACCAUCAGUAGAAUGCGUCGCUCCUCCUCAUCCACCGUCAGGACUCGACACAGAAGGGAGAGGAAGAAGGGGGCGACCCAGCCGAGUGGAGGGCGGAAAGGAAGAGCCAGAGGAGGGGGGACAGGGAGUAAGGCCAGGGGAGGAGGACAAGGCUGUGUGCUCAAACAGAUCCACCUCAAUGUGACGGACCUCGGCCUGGGCUACCGCUCCAGUGAGGAAAUGAUAUUCAGGUACUGCUCCGGACCCUGCAGGAAGUCAGAGACCAACUACGACAAAAUCCUUUACAACCUCGUCCACAACAAGAGGCUUCCCCCUAAAGACACGCCCCCUGAGGCUUGCUGUCGACCAACGGCAUUUGACGAUGACCUCUCGUUUCUGGACGACAACCUCGUCUACCACACCGUGAGGAAGCACUCUGCCAGGAAGUGUGGUUGUGUGUAG